AUGUCUUUUAUUUUAGUUGAUCUCGCCAUUUUCGUGUGCCAGACAUUCAAAAUAGAAGACAACUUUAUCUGUAAAGGAAUUGUUGGAGAUUUUUCUGACGAGUUCAUGUACGUUUUGGGACAAAUCAUAGUGGAACCGCAUCAAAUCUGUGGAUUACUUUUAGAUGGUAUGGAGCUGAGCAAACUCUUUAAGACCAAAUUCUUCAUUUUCUUUUCAGAUUGUGGAAAGUUCAUUGAUCCACUGAACUCCACCUGGAGUAUUCCAAUACCAAGUGGACAGCCAACACCCAUUGACAAGCAGCCUGUGCCUAAUGGGAAGCCUAUAUUGAAAGCUUUGCAUCUGACUGACAUCCAUCUAGACAUGCUUUACACACCAGGAUUGGAAGCCCAAUGUGCAGAACCACAGUGUUGUAGACCUCAACAGAAUCCCAGUGAAGUAUCCAUAGCAGCGAAUGUGAAGCAACCAGCCGGCCCAUGGGGAACUGUUGGAAAUUGUGAUUCUCCUUAUUGGUUGCUUACAAAUAUGCUCGCAUUUAUUCAAAAGAAUCACAAGGAUGUGAGACUGGACUACGUCAUGGUUUCCGGCGAUCUUACCUCUCAUGCUGAUUGGGACUACACUCGAGAUUCACAUGUGGCCAUGGUGAAAAACAUCUCGGAUACGAUAAGAUCAUAUUUUCCUAAUAUCCCAACUUAUUUCGCAGUGGGGAAUCACGAGGGAGUGCCUAUUGACAACUUCGCACCUCAUUUCACCCCAAAGCAGUUCCAUAUGGACUGGCUUUAUGAUGCAAUGGCGGAUGCUUGGACUGGAUGGAUUCCACAAGAUCAGGUUAAAACAGUAAACAUGGGCUGCUAUAUGAAGAAAAUUUAUCCUGGUUUGCGACUUAUUUCCAUCAACAAUGCUCUUGGUGGUGACUCAAUCAACUUCUUCCUUUACGUGAAUCAAACAGAUCCAGAUGGGACUUUAACAUGGCUCAUCCAACAACUGCUAGCUGCUGAAUCUGCUGGCGACUUUGUACAAAUAGUGGCUCAUAUUCCUGGCGGAGGAAGUGAAGCUUUGGAAGGUUGGGCUUUGAACUACUACAAAGUGAUAAACAGAUUCCAAAAUACAAUCGUCGGCCAAUUUUUCGGUCAUACACACUCAGAGGAGUUCUACGUCACCUAUGAGGAUCCUGAGUCGGCCUCCACACGCCCAACCAGUGUCGUUUAUUCAGCACCUUCUCUUACUACAUAUUCUGAAUACUUCCCAGCCUACCGUAUCUACAAAAUCGACGGUGCCUAUAAAGGAUCGAGUUAUCAAGUAAUCGACUUUGAAGAGUGGUAUUUCAAUAUCACUGAAGCGAACGCUGAUCCACAAAGUCCGCAAUGGAAGCAACUCUAUGCCAGUGUGAAUCAGGAAUACGGUCUUAACUCCCAAGCUCCUUCGGAAUGGAGCAACAUGAUCGAACGGAUGAGAACAAACGAUGCUCUUUUUGAAAAAUACAGGGAGAAUUAUUAUCGUCGCUCUAAGUACGAUGGCAUAGGCAACUGCGAUGAGAAAUGCAAGAGAGGGUGGCUGUGCAGCGCUCGACAGAUGCAUCAUUCAAAAACUCUAUGCGCUGAUCUUGGAUGUGCGUAUAGACUUUUGAUAACAGAGCACAGAAGUCGUAAUCCCCUCGUAGAAAGGCAAGGUCGUAACAGCUAUAGACGCAAAAGUGUACCGGUUCAUCUCAGCAAUGAGGAUAUACGCCAAACUGUUUUAGCCUGGAAAAGUCGUGCCAGUUCCGAUUGCCCUCUGUAA